CCCUCCUCUUAAUUAAUUUUCACCAUCUCAUUUUCUCCACGCUCCUUUGCUUCCAUGGCUCUCUCCAUCUUCUUCUUUCUCCUUCUCAUCCUCUUCUCUAUUUUGCCGGCUAAUGCACAGUCAUACAUCGGAGUAAACUACGGCUUACUCGCCGACAACCUCCCGCCACCGUCUGAUGCAGCUAAACUCCUCCAAUCCACAUCCAUCCAUAAAGUGAGGCUAUACGGAGCCGACCCCGCCAUCAUCAAGUCCUUAGCUGGAACCGGCGUUGAAAUCGUCAUCGGAGUAGCUAACGGCGAUCUUCCUUCUCUCGCCUCUGAUAUCAACGUCGCUUCUCAAUGGAUCAAUUCCAACGUCCUUCCUUUCUAUCCCGCCUCCAAAAUCAUCCUCAUCAAUGUCGGCAAUGAGAUUCUGUUGUCGAAUGAUCUGAAUCUGUUGAACCAGCUUCUCCCAGCGAUGCAAAAUGUUCAAAAGGCCCUUGAGGCGGUUUCACUCGGUGGGAAAAUCAAGGUGUCUACGGUUCACGCCAUGACGGUGCUGGGUCAAUCUGAACCGCCAUCAGCAGGUUCGUUUGCUCCCGGUUAUCAGACCGGUUUAAAGGGCAUUCUACAGUUUCUUAGCGAAACCGGGUCGCCUUUUGUCAUUAAUCCGUACCCGUUCUUUGCGUACCUGAGCGACCAGAGACCUGAAACGUUGUCGUUUUGCCUCUUCCAGCCUAACCCUGGACGGGUAGACUCCAAUACCGGAAUCAAGUACAUGAACAUGUUCGAUGCUCAGGUUGAUGCGGUUCACUCAGCCUUGAAAUCGAUGGGAUUCGAGAAAGUGGAAGUGGUGGUGGCUGAAACAGGUUGGCCAACGAGCGGUGAUAGCAACGUGGUUGGUCCAAGUGUUGAGAACGCAAAGGCUUACAAUGGAAACCUCAUUGCCUACUUAAGGUCCAUGGUUGGAACUCCCCUAAUGCCUGGAAAAUCCAUCGACACUUACAUUUUUGCUCUCUUUGAUGAGAAUCUCAAGCCUGGCCCUUCCUUUGAGCGAUCCUUUGGCCUUUUCAAACCUGAUCUUUCCAUGGCUUAUGACAUUGGCCUCACUAAAACUAGUAGUAGUAGUAGUAGUCAGACGUCACAGUCCCCACCGGGGGGAAAAGCAACAACAUCUAUGGGAUGGUGUGUGCCAAAGGAGGAUGCAACUGAAGAGCAAUUGCAAGCGAGUCUAGAUUGGGUUUGUGGACAUGGAAUCGACUGUGGUCCGAUAAUGCCAGGAGGGGCGUGUUUUGAGCCUAACAAUGUCGUCUCUCAUACAGCCUAUGCCAUGAAUUUGUAUUUCCAAAAAUCUCUUGAAACCGCUAUGGAUUGCGAUUUCUCUCAAACUGCAAGGAUUACUUCCGAUAACCCUAGUUAUAACAAUUGCAUCUACCCAAGAGCAGGAGGGUUGGAGAUAAAAGCCUCGGGGGAGCGAUGAAUAAAUAUGUGACUUCAGACAAAGCAAUAGAGACAAAUGCAUCAGAAUACUCAUCGUCUCUUUCUUUACCUCUCUUUUUCCUCUUUAUGUCUUUUUCUUUCAUUUAUUCCCGGGAAUUAUGUAGCAGUUGACUCCUUUAUUAGUCUUUGUUCCUAGAUUUUCUGUCCCUUUUUCUUCAUCUAAUCAUUUAACUUUUGUCCAAUAAUUAGAAGCAUUGGUUAUUAAAUCUAUUCCAUAUAUUGUUC